AUGGAUGCCGCUGCCAAAGAAAGAUUCGAUCUUAUCAGCCAGAAUCUUGCAGAGUUUCUCGAUGCUGGCCUGAUUGAGAACAUUUUGGCCGAAGGGCGAAACCCGCGAAUUUAUUGGGGUACUGCCACAACUGGUCGACCUCACACCGGCUACUUCGUUCCAGCAUUGAAAAUUGCGCAGUUGCUAGCUUCAGGAUGCGAUGUAGUAAUAUUGCUUGCCGAUAUUCAUGGAUUUCUUGACAACCUUAAAGCGCCAAUCGAACUUGUUGAGAGCCGCGCCAAAUAUUACCGAAAAAUUAUCACCGCAAUCCUCGAAUCCGUAGGUGUUCCGAUCGAGAAACUCGAGUUUGUCUUAGGAAGCUCCUACCAAAAGAGCCCCGAAUACGUUAUGGAUGUGUACCGGCUGUCGUCGUUGGUUUCAGAGCAUGACGCAAAGAAAGCCGGAGCGGAAAUCGUUAAGCAGUCAUCGAAUGCCCCCUUAAGUGGCUUGCUCUACCCUAUCCUUCAAGUCCUAGACGAAGAGCACCUCAAAGUCGAUGCCCAAUUAGGAGGAGUUGAUCAGAGAAAGCUAUUUGUAGCCGCAAAAGAAUGGCUUCCUAAACUGGGUUAUCGAGAGCGCGCCCACCUUAUCAACCCAAUGAUUGCUGGUCUUAGUGGAGGCAAAAUGAGCUCUAGUGUUCAAGAAAGCAAGAUCGACCUCCUUGACUCAGCUGAUAGUAUUUCGAAGAAGAUUCGCAAAGCAGAGGCGGUUCCUCGAGUUGUCGAAGGGAAUGGCGUCGUUGCAUUAGUAGAAUUUAUUCUAUUACCAGCCGCUGCUCUGAAGGGAAACAAAGAAUUUCGAGUCGAGCGCCAUGAUGCAGAGCCUUUUAUUUAUACUGACAUCAAACAGUUGCAUGAGGACUAUGUGAACGACGUGUUGACGCCUCAAAUGCUUAAACCUGCCGUUGCGGCGGCAUUAAUCAGCCUCAUGGCACCCAUUCAAGCCGCCUAUGAAGCUUCGCCCGAAUGGCAAGAGAUCACAUUAAAGGCCUACCCGCCACCUGUUGUGCAAAAGAAGCAGAAGAAGGUGAAAGACAAAGGUUCUCGUUAUCCCGGAGCAGCCAGGGCAGAUAUUGAAGCGGAUGCCUCGAAACCAGUUCAAAUCGAUAAUGCGGUCGCUGAGGUAGCUGGGAGCGAGGAACUUCCAAUCAGAUAG